AUGCAAUUGAAACCAUUUCUCCUUUUGUUAGCAUACGCAAUAGUUGAUGUUUUCGCAGCUGACGAUACUAAAACCACAACAACAAGUAAAUCUGACCCAUGUUCGUUUAGUACUACAAUAAUUGAACCUACUGGAAUUCAAGAAUUAAACACAUGUGCUACUUUAAAGGGUGAAAUAACCAUUAGUGGCAAUGCCAUAGGUCCAAUUGAUUUGCCAAGUGUUCGAGAAUUAGCCGGUCUGUUGACGAUUGUUAAUUCCCCUUCGGUUGUGUCAGUCUCGCUUAAUCUGUUACAAAACAUUACUGGAAAGUUCCAAAUUAAGAAUGCUACCCAAUUGAAUUCGAUUGACGUGAUUUCAUUGGAAAGAGUCAAGGAUUUGCAGUUCAUUUCCUUACCUUCAUUAUCCAACUUUAAUUUUAAUCCUUCGAUUAAGGCUGUAGAAAAGAUUGUGUUAUCCGAUACGGCUCUUUAUGAUUUAAGCGGAUUGACCCAUUUUACUGAAAUCAACUAUAUGAAUCUUAACAAUAACAAAAACAUUACUGAGAUUGAAUUCCCUAACUUGAAGACUGUCACUGACAAUUUGAUUCUUUCAUUCAAUCAUGAUGAUGCUAAAGUGAAAAUGGACAAGUUAAUUUGGGCUGCAAAUUUGACUAUUCAAGAUGUUGCAAAGUUUUCGGCUGUCAAUUUAACUGCUGUCAAUGGUACUUUGGGAUUCAGUUAUAACGCAAUUGAAGAAUUGAAAUUGGAUAAGUUGGAAUCUGUGGGUGAAUCAUUGCAAAUUUUUGCCAAUGAUGAUUUAGAUAACCUUUCUUUAAAGAAGUUGUCCGAAAUUGGUGGCGAAUUCAAAAUGUUUAACAACACUGAAUUGGACAAUAUGACUAGUUCAUUUCCUGAACUUAAGAGAGUCAGAGGUGCUCUUUCAAUUACUGGAGAUUUUAAAGAUUUACAAAUGCCCAAGUUAGAUCGAGUGCAAGGUGAUUUUAAGAUGACUUCUAAAAACGAAGAUUUCAGUUGUAAGCAUUUUGAUGAUUUAAAAGAUAGGGGAAGAAUUGAAGGCCAUAAUUACGAAUGUACUCCUGGAAAGAAGGAAAAGUUGGGUAAGCAAGGCGACGAUGACGACGAUGACGACGAUGAUAGAGACAGUGGCUCUAAAAAGACAAGCAGUAAGAAGAAUGGUGGUAACAAUGUGUUAGUUCCAAUGAAUUUCUUAACCAGUGUGUUUGCAUUCCUUAUUGCAAAUUUUGUUUAA